AUGCCUGACAUGAUGCCUGGUCAAUAUCUCCACAUGCCUCCUCCAUUGCCUGUAAAAGGGCUACCUGUUGAUGAGGAUGACGGUCGUACACUUUCCAGCGCCAGGCAGAGAAGAAGUCCUCGAUGGGAUUUAAGAAUGGAGAACUUCUGCCCCCUCACACUGGACAUCAACACGGCAAACAGAAAACUCCGUCUGUCUGAAGGGAACAAGAAGGUGACACGUGAGGAGACAGUAACUAAAUAUCCUGAUCAUCCUGACAGAUUUGACAGUUAUGCCCAAGUUUUGUGCAGAGAGGCUCUGACUGGGACUCGCUGUUACUGGGAGGUGGAGUGCAGUGGAGACUUUGUGAGGAUUGGAGUCGCAUGUAAAGGACUGGGCAGGAAAGGAGAGGGUGUGGAGUGCCUUCUUGGAUAUAACGACAAGUCCUGGUGUUUGCAGUGUUCUCAUUCCCAGUACUCUGUGUUUCACAAUAACCAGCGGUCUGUUAUCAGUGCCCCCUACAGCCCCAGAAUAGGUGUGUAUCUGGACUGGCCUGCUGGCUCUCUGUCAUUUUAUAGCGUCUCACACACAAUGACCCUCCUGCACAGGUUCAACACCUCCUUCACUGAACCCCUCUAUCCAGGGUAUUGGCCUGGUUAUGACUGCAGUGUAACAAUCAGCCAUCUGACACCAUGUGACCACUGACCAGUACCCUCUACCGGUCACUUGAUGUCCCCACACACUCAGGUGUCUUUGUGUUUGCAGUUUGGGGUCAAAAUUAAUUUUCCACUAUAGCUGGGGUGGCAGCACCUCUGUGGGUGAAUUUGUGGAUGAGAAUGCGGGGUGAGUGCGGCUGUCAGGGUCUCCAUUAUUAUUGGGUCUGAGUAGCCAAUCAGGUGUGUGUGUCAAAGUGAGGGGCGGUGACACCUCAGACCAAGAAAUACCAGUCUGACCAGCAGAGGUCACUGUUGAUUCACAUCCACAUGUCCUACAGGCUGACACCCCAACUGCUUUGUCCUCUGAGUGUCACUGAAUGUCACCUGUCAGUCAGUCUAUAUAGCGCCUUUCAGUAGUGCUGCUCCAGCACGACCACAUGCCUGUUUCAGUAUCCAGAGCCUCAUUCCAGUGACUAUUUAGGAGCACAGAGUGACAGAAGUGACAGGAGUGCUGGCCUCUGAACAGACAUUGUCUGCCCAUCUAUUAGUUACUCCGGUGGUCUGUCACCUCUGAAUGAAUUCACUGUGAAUGUCUAAAGACGAGGACUCACCGCUCAGUCAUAUGUCGGCCAUACUGAUGGAGUUUCGUGUUUUACUGAGUCACUUGGUGUCACAUUAGACAUUAAACUGCACCUCCUCCUUGUUGUUCCCAAUGUCACCCAACCUCAAGGAGACGAGUCAGCUGACUGACUUCACCUUCACUGUUGGUUUUCAAAGUGACAAUCAGAUGUGACACUUGGGGACACUUUUAUCUUUCCACUGACACACACAUUCCCAGGAUUCGUUUACAAUUCCCUCAGGACCCCUCAAGGAGUUUUGUGUUACCUGACAUCAGUGUGUGUGAAGAAGCCAAUGAAGGCCCAGGCUGACAGCCCCCCCACUGUGUAUUACAGGCCUCACCAGCAGAUGGCGACUAUGACUUCUAAAUCUGUCAUCUUCAUGGAGCCUGACGGGUUAAAAGGAAGAGGAGAAGGUGAAUAAAGAGUGAGGGGUGAGGAUGAUAGAGAAGAGAUUCAGGGUGAUAAAGGGUGAGAUGAGUGACCUGAGACAGAGUGAGUCAGACGAGUGUGUCACUUGUGUGUUUGUCAGUUUUGUUCUCUCUCUGAUUUUCUCCUCUUUGACUUGUCACACGCUGAUCGCCGUCCUGUGAUCACAGAUUGUAUUCCUCGUUGAUCAAAUCUGUAUCUCGAUGUGUGACUGACGUCUGAUUCUUUAAGCACUCGCUCAUCAGACAGGUUGUCACCCGAUGAGCUCUUCACUGCUGACCUAAGCCCUGCUGCCCUCUUCUCUCUCCUGUCACCUCGGCCAUUGCUUCAGUCCCCGCUGUGUGACCUCAUAAAGCCACUGGUCUGUCUGGUCACUCAGGUCCUCGUCACAGCUGCACACUGGCAGUCGUUCAAACUCUACAGGCUGACAGCCAUGUUGUCCUGUCGUCUGAUGUUUGUGUUGGUUGAGGUUGUCUCCUGCUGACCUCGGGGGCUUUUAGAGCUCAGGAUUAAUGAAAUGGAAAUGUCAGUCAGCAGGGUGGGCAGGUGGGCACAUUCAGGGCAAAAUGUCACUUAAAAGUCGAUGA